AUGGCAUUUACACCGUGUCCAGUCGUUGAGAUGGGAGAUGCCCUCCUGGGGCAGCUUGCUCGGGCAUUUGUGUUGAUCGCCGUUCAUUUGGCGCCGACGAUGGCCAAGAGCAUCAGCUGGGACUACGGCGAGGAGGAAAUGGGCCCACUGGUACCUGUGAGUAGGUACAGCUAU